CAGUCACUAGUCUGUGGACAGGGGGCAGAGGAAUCUGCAGCCUCACUGCUCAUUGAUGAGAUUGCAGAGAAACUGGACAUGAGUCCAAAGUUCAUCUCAGGAAUGGAGGAUGUAGCUGUGAUAUUUGGUCAGCCUCAACUGCUGGUAGUUGAUCUACCUUAUGGCGACGGAGAGGCUGAGUUUGCCCAGCAAGAUGCAAUGGUUGCUGAGGUGUUGGAAGCCGUGCACCACCUAGACACCGCUUACGCUGCCUUCUACACUGCCAUGACAACGGAGGCUGUCACAGACUCAAUGUUUGCUCCGCUUUUAGCCAAGAGAGAUGCCCCUUCGUUAGCGACAUCGUCAAGCUCGUGUCCAGUUUCGUAUGGAGUGAAAGACAGCGAUGGGUCGUACUGUGCUCUGCUGUGUCUCACUGACCCAACCAUCUACUACUGGGAGAGUCAGGCAGAUCUAAGGCAGGGAGAAGAGCCCUGCGUGGCAAAGAUCACCGCCUUCGACGAAAAAAGUGUAAGUGGUUGCAACAACUCAACUAUUGGACCAUAUCCCUCAAUCUUUGCCACGAUACAAGGGAACUGCAGUAAUGACGAAUCAGAUGAUGACAAUCCCGAGAGGGUCGUUGAAGCCGAAAUAGAGUUCACAUUUCCACAAGGAGAAUUUGAUCAGACGGGUCAGUGGACACUAGAGACAGGAUCCUGGCAAAUGAUGCUGAUUGUCGGUCCCUUCAAUCUCAGCAGAUAUGGCGAAGGGAAACUGGUGUACCCAUUCUCCAUUCCAAUGGGAAUCUCGUACGCAUGCCAGACGGAUUCCACGGCAACCAUGACCAGUUUCAGCAACCCAAACCGGUUCACCCAGAUUUCCAACGUGACCGUCGACGAGGAAGUAGUUGCCGUCAACAACGAGAGGGGCAGCCCUGUUGUUCAGUUCACUGGAAUC